AUGUUAUCAGCUGUUUUCAGGAAUAGGGGCCUAAAAAUAGCUGAGGAUAAAGAUCUCCACGAUCUUAUAAGGUCUUUCGAGACUUCUAAAUCUAGAACUCCUCGUACUCCUAGCUGGAAUCUUGAUGUGGUCCUGAAAUUCCUGACAUCGGACAAGUUUGAACCUCCUCACCUUGCCUCUUUUAGAGAUUUAACUAGAAAGUGUAUUUCCCUGUUGUCCCUUGCUACUGCUAAGAGAACGAGCGAACUCUACGCUCUAGAUUCACGUGUUGGAUUUGAAGGAGAUUCAGCUAUCUGUUCUUUCCAGACAUUGUUUCUAGCUAAGAAUGAGAACCCUUCAAAGCCCUGGCCCAGGAGCUUUGAAGUGAAAGGACUUUCUAACCUGGUAGGAGAGGAUAUAGAAAAAUCUCUUUGCCCAGUCAGGGCGCUUAAGUUUUAUCUUAAGAAGAAGAAGCAGCUUGAAGGUUGUCAACAAAGUCUCUGGUGUGCGUCCAGAAAGCUGUCAGGUCUUAGUAAAGUUAGAGCUGCAAAUAUAAUUGAAUACCGUAAAACAAAAGGGCCGUUUAUUAAUCGAGAACAGCUGAAGUCUGUCAAAGGUAUUGGUCCCCGAACAUUCGAACAGUGUGCUGGUUUUAUAAGAAUAUUACCCGAGACAUUAGAAAUGGAAGUUAACAGAACACCACAGAAUAGAAAAAGAGCAGAAAAGGAAUCUCCCAACCCCCUAGAUCGGACAAUGAUUCAUCCAGAGUCUUACGAAGUUGCUAUAAAGUUUAUUAACGUAGUUGGGUUACGACCUCAAGAUAUAGGCUCAGAAGGUUUUAUAUGCUCAAUACGGCAGUUUAUGCAAGCCCACGGUCUUGAAGCAUUAGCUGAACAGUGUGGAACAACCUUCGCUACUAUGCAGCUUAUAGUAGAGGGUCUGGCACAACCUUUAGACUACGAUAUUCGAGCCCAAUUUAAUAAACCUUUGUUCUGUAAAGGAAUCACUUCCAUUGAUGAUGUCACUCUGGGAACAAAACUCACAGGUACUGUAAGAAAUGUGACUCAUUUUGGAGCUUUCGUAGAUUGUGGUCUAGGAAAUGAUGGAUUAGUACACAUUUCUAAGAUGGGUCAUACAAGGUUAGAACUCGGAAAUGUUGUGGAAGUUUCGGUGAUAGCUGUUGAAAAAGAACGAAAUCGAAUAAGCCUCAUGUUGGAAAGGAUACUUAACUGAGCCUUGUUCUAUCUGUCCAUGGGUAUGGAUCAGGUGUUCUAUGAUAGUGUAUAUAUUUGGAGACCAUCUAGUAUGCCUUUAUACAGUAGUACUGUAAUAUUUCCAAAAUGUAAUAAAAGUAAACUAUUUAAAUACUAUAUCUCUAAAUGCUAAGUUUACAAAACACGCAUUUUAUUUUUAAUAAAAUAAUCAAAUAUGUAUGUUUUUCAAGUUCAAAGUUUUUAUAGGUAUUAUUGUGCCAUGCACCCAAUUCAGACAGUGCUGAAUCCAUGUAGCUUUCAUUUGAUUAUACUCAGGUUACUAGUAACUGUUGGGUAAAUCCUAGAUGUAUUUCACUAAGUUUUGUUGUGAUAGACCAUAUGCAGUGAUGGUUGAAUUGGUAGGUGAAGAGAUGUACAGUAAUUUCAUCUUUUGUAUGAGACUGUUGGAGAAUGUUUUCUGAAAUUUAUAAUACAUAGUAACUCAGAAUAUAUUUUUUUUCAGUG